GGAAAUCAUGUCUCACUUUGUUAAUGAGGUCUUGGAUCUCUUGGUUUCCCCUUAUUUCCUACAGGCCUGGUUUUAACAAAAACAUCGCCACCUUACAUUCAUCUGCUACUGUAACUGCACCGGGGAUAUUAUCUAGCCGGCUAGCAGAUCCAUUUAGCAGAUAUAAGCAAAACAUGUUGAACUGACUUCAUGAGCAUGUCCCAUUUGUUACUGUAUGUUUGAAACGUCACAGCUGUUCUGGUAGCUAAUCAUAUGUCAUGUUACUUGAACCGCAGUUUCUACCAUCAUAGGAGGAACUAACGUUAGCUKGCUUUACAUGCCACACUGAAUAAUCGGUAAACAUUCUGGUGAAAUCGGAAGAUUUAACUUCACAGAUAGGGGCGAUCAAGUAGGGUAAACGUAACCAUGGAGGAACCAGGUGCUGAUAUAGAGGUGACUGUCAAAACUUUGGACUCCCAGAGCCGAAGUUACACUYUAGGCGGACAGUUGACAGUGAAAUAGUUCAAGGAGCACAUUGCCACUUCAGUUGGGAUUCCUGUGGACAAACACAGACUGAUCUACCAGGGCCGAGUCCUGCAGGAUGAGAGGACCCUGACAGAGUACUUAUCUUGGCAAAUUGAACUUUGUUGCAGCGGCUGGUGUGAAGGAGUCGGAUGUGCAGAUGUUCAGACAGAUGGACAGCACUGUGUUUCACCUGAAUGAGACCUCUGAAAAGACACUACUGUGGCUCUGCACUUUAUACAGAGCCUAAACAACAAAAAAUGUGCCGCUGUCCCAAUACUUUUGGAGCUCACUGUAUGUGUGAACAAAACUUGAGCAAAACUAUGUUAGCCCAUUGAAUAAUGAAUUCCCUGUUGGUUUGACACAGGCAGGCCUGAGCGGCAAACUCUAGUGGGGAYUGGAGAGUGGCUGAACUGCAACCAGUGUAUCCUGCUGCAGGAGAUAGAGCGUCACUUGGAUCCACUAGAGACACACGACACCCUCAGCAGAUUCAUGCUUUACGCUCGUGACAGUGCCUUAUUGGAUAAUAAAGUGGUGUAGGCGUUUCGGACCCAAACGGCUUGUAAAAAUAUGGAUAGAUUUGUACAUCUCCCUCAAGAGAAAGAGCUUUGUAAAUUGAAUAAGGCGUAGCACUGAGUGAAGAAAAAAACUACAUCGCAUCAAACCUCAACUCCAGUGGAAGGGGGGAAACCCUGUCCAAUGAACUUGUCUCUGAAAUGCAGCAUGGUAUGCAGCAGACAGAUUUGUUUGUACAAGGACAAUACAAGACACACUAGAGGAUGAAUAGCCAACAGCACACCUCCAGAUACCUGCUGCUACAUGUGUGGUGCGGGUUUCUCACAGUCGCUAUGGGGUUUAUGGUCGCAGUUCUCACAACAGUGCAAAUAAACUCAGCUGACAAGAAUCAUUUACCUGAAUCAAAGGAGGAAAACCAGCACCCUACAAACGGCAGUUUUUUGGCUCAAUUGAAUUCAUCAAAGGCUCCCCGUCUCUCCUAUAUCCAGCUAACCAUGGAAAAAUUAUCUUGGGAGAAUGACCAUAAUGUCCCCGUCUGUGGCUCUUGCUCCCUCGUCCUCCGCGACAACUCUGUCCACAUCACAUCUGAAGGCUUCUACUACUUCUAUGUCCAGGUCACCUUCACUAGGCACACCAGGGGAGAGGAGAAGAGGAAGGUGACUCUGUUCAAAAAUGGCAUUACAAAUAAGACCGUGCAAAGGACACUGAGUGAAGCCGUGUAUCACGGAGAGAAAGAGGGCACUGUAUUCAUGUCCAGGAUGGUUAAGCUCCAAAAAGGUAACAGUCUCAGCCUUGAGAUAACAUCCAAGAAUAAUAGUUUUAGGUAUGGGGGAGAGAAUACCUACUGGGGGGCAUAUCAGCUCCCCCCAUAUUGAGCCAACAGACAUUGUUAUUGAGACUUAGUUCAAGAUUGAACCAAAAAAACUGUUAAAACAUUGUUUUUAAAAAAGUGUGUGGUAGUUACUAAACUGAAUUUAUUUUGUGAAAACUGUAACUGUUAUGCAUAUGCAUUGUUUGUUUUGCUGAACAGAUUUGAUUACAUAAUGAGAUAACAGAAUACAUUGUCAAACUAUG